GAGAAGGUAUCAUCCCGCUUGUUGUACCGGUUGGGGAAGGAAGUCUGGAGCAGAGGAGGCUACGCCUACGCCCCUCUCGACCCCGCGCCCAUCGGGAUCUCGUUCGAGUUCUUCGCCUUCCCGUCUUACUUCACCAACGUCACCGCCACGGAGCGAUGUCUAGCAAACUGGAAGGCCUUGACGGGUGUGUGGCCGCCCAUUCGCAUAGGCGGAACGACGCAGGACAGGGCGCAGUAUGACUCCAAGACAUCAGCCUAUGUCGUUUACUCGGUGGCUGACGCAAAGGACGCCCCGUCUGAUUUGACGUUCGGGUCCCAAUUCAUGACGCUGGCGGGGACAUAUGAGGGGAGUGUGGUGGUUGGGCUGAACAGGGGCAAGAAUGCUAUUGGGAAUACGAUUGCUGCGGCCAAGGUCGCCGUUUCUGAGGUCAAAAAUCUGCUGGCGAUUGAACUUGGGAAUGAACCUGAAUACUGGGUCAAGGAUGGGCAACCGAUCACAUCCGGCGUCAACUGGACUCCGACUACAGAUGCCGCAUCGCAAAAUAACUGGAACAUCCAAGUGGGUAGCGCGGUUGGCAAAACCAACAUCAUUCAGGCUGGGAACUGGAAUGAGGCGCCGCCCACAUGGGGAGCUGCGCAAUUGAUAGCGACCGAGAACGCCACGGUGGAAUCCUAUGUUCGACACUACGCCCACCACAACUACCCCGGUGGAAGCAUCCAGAGUCUCAUGUCCCAUUCGGCCAUCUCAAAGAACAUCCACACUUUUGACGCUGACAUAGCCGCAGCUCGAGCGAUUGGGAAGCAGUACGUCUUUGGCGAGACUAACUCGGUAUCCGGCGGAGGAGCAGCUGGAGUCUCCCCGACGUUCGGGGCAGGUCUAUGGACCAUGGACUACGCUCUCCGCGCCACUUACAGCAACAUUUCGAGGACGUACUUCCAUCAUGGGACUGUCGGCAACUGCCAAUACUGCUUCUGGGGCCGAUACAGCAUGGGGGCUCCGUACUACGGAGCGUAUGCAGCGGUUGCCUUGAUGGCCGGCGCGAGCCACUUGACGGCUUUGGAUAGCGGUUCGACCAACUAUGCGGCCUAUGCCACGUUCGAUUCGAGGGGGCUUCCCCUGCGAGUGAUCUUGUACAACUCGGAUUAUUUCGCCGGCAGCGGGACAAGGACUACUCAGUCCUUCACCUUGGCCGGCUUGACCUCGUCAACGGUCAGAGCGAAGAGGCUGACGGCAGCAAGCGCGACGUCUAGAGUGGAUCAAGGAAGUCCUCCAUCGUUUGGGGGUCAGCAAUUUGACAAUGGAUCUUGUGCCAUGAGCGGGACCGAGACGUUCGAGACCACACCCGUUUCUGGUGGCCAGGCUACCUUUUCGGUCAAGGCAACCGAAGCACUUUUGUUGUAUCUGCAGUGA